CUCCUCCUCCACCUGCACACGGUGAGCUCAGCAAAGAUGGCGGAGUUUCGGUAGGGCUCGAUGGCCGAUGACCAACAUCAACAGUCACGAAUUAUAGAGGACAUAAUCUGCGGCUCUGGACGGUUCACCGUAAGAUCUGUCUCACAUCGUCUUAAUGCGCCUGUGUCCUGCGUGUAGUUGGUGAGGCGGUCUGUUUCCUCUGUGGUGGUGUUCCGCUGGAAGGCUCCGGUGUGUCAGAGCGAUAUGACAGGGCGAUAACAGGCGUGCCUCGUUGGGAGGUUUCGGUGUCCCCCACUUCGGAGAAAUGUGUCUCAGGUAGUUCAGACUUCCUGAGUUCCUCAGGUGACAGUCUUCAGCCCUCGUGUACUUCUCAUAAUGUCGUCCUCCCCAGCGGUCCCGAAAGCCAGCCCUGGCCUUUCUGCACUGGACAACCUCUCCAUGUCCUCGCUGUUGUCCGGGGAUUUGGAGGAAGGGACGGAGGGUGGUGAGGGCGAGCUGGCUGAUCUGGAAGUGAACCCUUAUGAUAGCCUGCCCUUCUCCUCACGCUACUACACCAUGUUGGAGGAGCGUAGAGGGCUGCCUGUUUGGAGCUUGAAAUACGGCCUGCUGGAGCACCUGGAGACUCACAGCAUGGUGGUGCUGAGUGGAGAGGGUGGCACUGGCAAGAGCACACAAGUGCCUCAGUGGUGUGUGGAGUACGCACUCUCUCAUCAGUUUACUCAGGGCUUAGUUUGCUGUUGUCAGCCCUAUGCAGCAGCCGCCUGUAGUCUGGCAAUUCGUGUAGCUGAUGAAAUGGACCUAAGUUUGGGGUUGGAGGUGGGCUAUAGAGUACCUCAUGAUGAUGGCUGCACACCAGACACUUUACUGCGCUUUGUGACCGACUCGCUACUCCUGCAGGAGAUGAUGUCGGAUCCCUUGCUGCGGCAGUACGGCGUGCUGGUGGUGGAUGAGGCUCAGGAGCGCACUGUGGCCACUGACGUACUGAUGGGCCUCUUGCGGGAUGUGUGCCGGCAACGUUGUGACCUGCGGGUAGUGGUGCUUGCAGCACCCCCUGUGGCCAGCACCAUGGCCAGCUUCCUGGGGGAGGGUGUGCCUCAUCUUACUAUUGACCCACCAUCGGACAAACCCACUAUAGAGACACUGUACCGGGACCCCCCUGCAGGACGAGACCUAACAUCAGCCUCUUGUCAGAUGGUGCUGGAUCUCCACCGGCGAGGAGAGGAAGGAGAUAUUCUGGUCUUCCUCCCUAGUGACCAGGAAAUUGAUGAGUGUGCCGCUCUGUUAGAGAAGGAGUCUGUGGCUCUGAGUCCUCAGCUGGGGGCACUACGGGUGCUCCUGCUGCACUCUGGUCUUGGUGGGGCCACACAGCAAGUGUAUGAUACGGAGGGGGCUGAGGGCCAGGCUGAACCGAAAGAAGAGGAGCAGCCUGGUCUGGACAGUUCUGAGGAAUCCGGUUUAAGACGCAGGGUCAUCCUCACAGACGCCCUCGGAGAGGCCUCCUUCUCUCUGCCCAACAUUCGCUAUGUUAUUGAUACCGGACUUCAACUCAAAACAGUGUACAAUCCACAGAUCCGAGCAGACUCUCAGGUUCAGCGACCAAUUAGCAAACACCAGGCAGAUACUCGAUCCCAGAGAGUGAACAGCAAUCUGCCAGGGGUGUGUUUUCGUCUGUACCCCCAGUCCCUGUACGAGGAGGGGAUGCCUGAAGCACGCUGUCCUGGAGUCGCUGAGGCUAACCUCAGCCACCUAGUCCUCCUUCUAAAAAGGCUUGACAUAGCUGACAUGGGCCAGUGCAAGUUCCUUGACCGGCCAGCUCCAGAAGCAUUGAUGCAGGCUCUGGAGGACCUGGAUUACUUGGCUGCUCUAGAUGAUGAUGGGAAUCUGUCAGAGGUGGGCAUCAUCAUGUCUGAGCUCCCUCUGGAGCCGCCACUGGCCAAAGCCCUCAUUGCAGCCUGCGAGUUCGACUGUGUCAGUGAAAUGCUCACCAUUGCUGCCAUGCUUACUGCUCCUCCAUGCUUUGUGACACCUCCACCAAACAAAGAAGAGGCAGCAACAACUCAUAGACGACCCUUUUUGCACUCAGAAGGAGACCAUCUUACACUCAUUAAUGUCUACAACGCAUAUCUACAGCACAAUGAGGAUGAAGCGUGGUGCUCCACCAACUUCCUGAAUGCCUCUGCGCUGCGAUUGGCUGUGGUAAUCAGGGCAGAGCUUUUAGAAGUGAUGCAGCGGAUUGAGUUGCCAGUUUCACCGCCUGCCUUUGGCUGCCAGGACAACAGCACAAAUAUAAAGCGAGCUCUCAUCUCAGGGUUCUUCCUUAAGGUCGCUCAUGAUGUAGAUGGCUCAGGGAACUACUUACUGUUGACACACCGACAUGUGGCUCACCUGCACCCGUUCUCCUCAUACCUGUGCCGUCGUCCACGACCCAACCCUCCCAGCUGGGUGCUCUACCACGAAUUCACCAUCUCCCAUGACAACUGCAUCCGCACCGCCUCAGAGGUGCACCCCCACAUGUUGGUGGAAUUAGCCCCACAGUACUACUUGGGCAACCUUCCACCCAGCGAAGGAAAAGACUUGUUAAUGGAGAUCAGACAGAGUCUUCUCCCUGUGGACGAACAGGAGAAUGGAGAGACGGAAAAUAAAAGGCAUGGAGACAGGCCGGGAGAGCAUCGUGAGCAAUACAGUGCAGAGAUGUGUAUACUGCAGUGAUACUCUCAAGGGUGUCGCAGACUUACAUUGCACUUUGGGAUUUAUGAGCCCACUACAUUGCAUCAGCAGAAUAGGUAUGAAGUAGGGCUAUCUCUUGCACACAAACCCAACUGUAAAGCAAAAUCAGUGGCUAUGAGGGGCACUGUGCAAUGCAGUUACUGUAUGUUAAGAACUUAAAUCAUACAUAUGUAUGAGCUGUGAGGUAGCUGUUCAACAGCCUAAACAGACUGAUCUUUAAUGAGCUUAGCAUUUUUUAUUCUGAAAGAUUCAAUUUUGCUAUGAAAGUGCUAAAACACAUUAUUUUUUAAUAUACAAAAAAUUGGACAUGAUAUAGAACCUGUUAAUGCAGGAAGAACAAUGCAAAGAACUGAUAAAUUCCAAGACUGGAGAAGCACCAAACAAUAUAAAGAAGGUAAAUUCAGAGGACUUACUGUUGUCUUCAAACACCAACUGAAAGUAGCUACAUUAAUAAGCCUUCCCAGAGGAUAAUGCUAGGCACUGCACUUCUAACACUACAUUUACUGAGGCUGACUACCUCUCAGCCCUAUCAGACAUGAAAAAGAGAUGAUCUGAUGUUCUUAUUCAGUGGGUGUGCAUUUCCCUCUAUUGUAUGUUCUUUGACUGGUAGUGAAUAGGUGAAAUAAGAAUCCAUCUCUUGUCCUCUCCAUUUGGAUGUGUAAACUAGUUGUGAUAAAAUGAAUAUCCCAGGUAACUUGAACCUUGAGGACAGACUUUUGCCAGAGAUCGAUGAUCACUGUGGAUUCUCAGGGUUCUGUUUACACAAGCCCUCGCGUUGUAAAUCGCUUCCUUCUUGUUGGCCAUGAAGGUUUUUUCUACUGUAUACUCCUUAUGUUUUUAUCUUUCCCUCAAUAAUCUUGUGGCUGCAUCUGUUAAUACAAAGAAGUUUUGUGUGUAAAUAUCUUCAUUCUAAAAGCCUAUUUUUUGCAACUUAGGUGUGAACUCGUCAAAUAUAAUAUGCAUACUCUCUAACCUG